UCCAAAAUGGUGGCCAAACAUCAGUGUGUGAAACACAGAUGGACCUGCUCCCUUUCUGUUUAAAUAAUUGUUCUCUUUAAAUAAUCUUCCUUAUUCAGCAUAGUGUCGCGUACUAACCGAGCCGUGGAAAUCGUUGUAAACGGUCUAUGAUCCAUGUGUUUCAGAUAGUCUGAGCUGGAGAAGCUGCUUUCCUGCCCCGGUUCUUCCCCCAGGUCCUCCCUGCCGGUGGCUACCCGGGCUGCAGGGAUGUCUGCCGGCAUCGCCGCCUGUGAACCCGCCCCCGCUCCGGGACCGCAAGCCUCCGCCAGCACGGCGGGAAGCCGAUUGCCCUGUUCAUUCUAUGGCUGCAAGCAGUCCUUUACCGACAUACAGCACCUGAACAAACACGCACAGAGCCACCAGAUCCCCACACAGUCCCUCCCAGGGAAGGUGUUCCACUGCUCAUCCCUGGGCUGCAAUGGCACUUUUCCCAGCAUGCAACACCUGAUGGAGCACAUGAGGCACCACUACAAACCAAACCAUUACUUCCUGUGUGAGAGCUGCAGGGCCAAGCUGCGCUCCUACCGCGCUCUCUUCAAACACCUCCACACCUGUGCAAAGGUGGCCAAGAGCAAGGCUGCCAGAGCCGAGGAGCUGAACCCGGCCGUCUCGGCGCCGGAAGCAGCCGAGUCUGUGUCUGUAUCUGCCGCUCCUGCCCUCGUCACCCCACACGCCGCUGACCCCUCCGGCGCCUUCCACAGCAGUGCGGAGGAGGAGCCGAUGGAUUUAGACCACGCCCCUCCCCCUGCCGUAGCCAGCCCUGUGGCCGCAGCCCCGCCCAUCCCCAGUUUCCAGGCUCCGGUCAGCAGCCUCCUGCAGGACGCUGCCUCCACCCCUCCUCCCGGUUCCUUCUCUCUCCUGGAGCCCACAGUGUUCCCUGAGGACCCUCAGCACUUCCUCACGCAGACGCAGCCCGGAGCUCCGCCCAGCUCCCUCCCACCCGGCCCUGCCGCGCCCGGCCAGCAGCAGCGGCCAAUCCGAGCUGUCGCCCCCAUCUCCCCGGCCCCGCCCACUCCCCUGGGCUCCAAUGCCGUCUGGAAGAAGAACCAAGGACAGUCCUUCAGCAGCCGCAUCCUGUGGGAGCACACCAGGGGGCGCUACAGCUGCCUGCAGUGCGGCCACUGCACCCCCUCCCGGCAAGAGAUGACCGCCCACAUCGAGGGCCAGCACCGGAGCCCUGCAGGGCGGCCCCACGGGGACACGGAUGUCAGAGGGGCUUCUCCUCCCUUCCAGCCGAAAGCCUCAUUGGACACAGACACCGCCACCGCCAUCUACACCCAGCUCUGAUUGGCUGUCCGCUGCGCACAGUCCGCCUCUGAUGAGAGAUCAAGUUCCUGGGACCGCGCUGUAGAUUAACUGGUUAAACUGAAAUCAGUCUUAUACUCUCCUGACUCAGAGUUCCUGUAGAUUAUUGGGAAAGUCAGGAGAGCAUAUUUGGACUUGUAUGAGUUACAAAAUAUGAAUAAAUGAUUCAAGGACUUUUCCAGUUGUUUCUUGGUGGUAAUUUCAUAGCCUGGGAGUGUGUGUGCUGCAUGUGUUCACACAGAUAUGCCCUGUUUAUUCAGCACUGGCUACUUUUUGCGUUUGUCAUUUUCUUUCUGCCUGUUUAAGAAGCAACUGGAUUUACUUUGAAAAUACUUGUUUAAAAGGUUUCCAGAAUCCGGCUUCUUACACUGUUAGUACAUUAAAAGUCUCCCAUUUCUGAUACUUUUCUG